AUGAAAGGAGCAAAAUUUGAAGAGGUUGUGAAAGUAUUAUAUAAGCUACCAGCGGAUUUGUCAAAAGAACUUGUCAGUGAUGCCCUCUUGAGUGUAUUCUCAAAGUCCGAAUUAAUAUGCUUUAUGAUGGACAACAUCGAUAGGGUCAAAACCGAUCCACUCUUACGAUUUGUUGAACUGAACGAUUUGAUUAUCACUGUAAACAGACAACAUAUUGUAUUUGAUGUUGCUUGUAAGAAUGCGGAUUCGUUCGGUUUAGCUUCUGAUGAUGGGAAGUCUCUUUUCAAGCUUUAUACCCUUUUAGAACUACAAAAAAUAACGAUUAGUAGAAUUAUAUUCCAAAAUUGGGAUCAACAAUUUGUCCCAUUCUCCACAUAUUCAAAACUAGUGGAAGUUCAAACAAGUAGAGUAUCUGACAUUUUGUCAUUGAUUGAUGACUUCAAAAGCCAAGAUUACACCAAGACUUUGAUAAUAAGUCUUGGAAUAAAUAAUAUUUAUGAUACGAAAUGUUUCAGCUCUGUAUUGGAAAAUCACCAAAACAAACUUGAGAAUAUAAGGUUUAAAACUAAGUUUAGUCUGGGUAACUUUCUUAAUGAACCCGGAUACGUGAAUUACAUUGUCGGUACACUGGAGCUUAUUAAGGAUAACAUAAUCUGGAUUGAUGAAUUGAUAGUUUCGCUUUAUUUAAACGCAUCCCCCUCAAACGGAUCUGAAAUUGGAGAAUACAUCGAUUACAAUAUGAUUAACAGUAUUACUAUAUGUGAGCCAGAUGACUCUGACAAUAUCCCUGAGAAUCUCCAGUACACCUGGAUAUCAAAAUGUGAAAAUUUGAGAGAACUUACAAUCGACACUUUCAUUGAUAUUGACGAUUAUACAUUCGGAGACCUAACCGGAUUAGAUAAACUUACAAGUGUUCAAAUAAACUUCAAUUCGUAUGACUGCUUUUGGGUGAGUAAUAGGCUACCCGAAACAUUGAAAAGAUUAUCAAUACCUUACGAUUUCACGAGCUCAAACGAUGAUGCAAACAUGUUGAAAAUCCCCAAAUUCCUAGACGAACUAGAGCUUUAUAUUGAAGAGGAAAACACCGACAUCAAAUUCAAAGAUUUUUCAUUUUCUAAGGAGUCAAAAUUAAGAGGAAUUUUAAUCUGUAAUGCGUUUGCUGAACCUGGUGUGGCGACUAUAAGCUUUGCAAAAUUGCCUCCUCCAACGUUAAAGUAUAUUGUGUUAGCUACCAGCGCUUAUAUAAGAAAUGCAUGCCUUGACGGACACAGAUUUAAUAUUUGCAUUUCUCCUGAUCACUCAGACGAACUUCAUGAACGGCUGAAGCAUAUUUAUUCGAACAUUCCGUUAAUUAAUACGAUAGAGAGAAAAGUGUCUACUAAAUCACUGGAUUUUUCAUUGGCAUCCAGACGUCUGUUAAGCUGA